AUGGGGCUGGCCGGCACAGCAGGGGGGACCUCGGGGGUCCUGGAGAGGAACGCCCGGCUCUGGAGGCUAGCGCUGCUCUUUCUCUCCAUCUGGGAACUGGGCGCGCAAACCGCAGUGGAAACUGGAGCCAGGUACCGCUGGAAAACAGCCAAGAAGUCAUGUGAUGCAGUUCCGAAAGAGAGGAAGACCCCAACAGCAAAAGCAGAGAAACCUGUUCAGUCCGUGUGGGACUCGGAUUCUGACUCUGGAUCCAAGAAAGUAGCUCUUAAAGGUCCAGGCUCAGGUUCAGGUCCAGGUUCAGGUCGUGGAAGAAAGAGAACGGCCUCUGGUUCUGAGGAUGACGAGUAUAGUCCUGUGAAGAAAAACACAAAACCAGGAGGAAGGAAGAGUCAGAAGCGUGGGUCUGAUGAUGAGGAUGAGAAGACUACAAUGAACACAUCAUCAUCAUCCCGGGGUGGUCGUGCAAAGAAGGAAGUCAACUACUUUGCCGAGGAGGACAACGAGGACAACAACGAUGACGACGACGACAUGUUUCACUAAAACUAUUUUCACCAUCUUCACUUUGCUUGUAUGCAAUUCUUUGACUUUCUUCUUUUUUUUUUUACAUCUCCUUGUUUCAUUUCCUUUUAUUAAUAGUAAUGUGGAAUAUUUGUCAUGUGUAGUCCUUUAACAAUGUUUACACUUGCUUUUUUAUGCUUGUUGACAUUUUCUGUAAUGCUCUGAAGCUGCAUUUAGUUUAGAGCUCUUCUAAUUGUUCAAGGAAAAUGUAUUUGAAAGUUCAAAGUAA